AUGAAUGAAAAAGAAAACGAAUAUGAUUCGCUAUACGAUGUAAUAUACGAUUAUGACGUUAACGAAGAAUUCCUGAAGGGGAAGGACAACAACGUUCAGUCUGCAAAACCGGUUCUCUGUGACAUAAAAAGUAAGUUAACUGCUAAGGGAGAAAGCGAAAGCUUUGUGGAUGAGCUUUCGGGAAGUGCCCACCCAAAUGACGCAACAAAUGAUGAAAACGAAGAAAGCGUCUCAUCAUUAUCGUCCAUACGGUUAAAUGAUAAAAAUGGCGAUUGCGCAGGGGGGGGUGAAAUGGAGAGCCAGCUAAUGCCUCAGAAGAACACCCCAGAUAGUGCUAAAGAGAACGUAAUAAGCUCCGAUAACAUGGCCCAUUUUGAAAAAAGGGAAGAUCUGCCAUUCUUAAAAAGUAACACACAGCAUAAUGAUAGUGGUAACGCUGAAGGUAGCAAUUCUAAAGCGGUCGAAAGAGAGGAGGCCAAAAUUCGAAUAACCAGCUGCGAAAGCUGCAAUAAAGAAAAGGACCACCACAGGAGGAUACUAUCAACCGACUGGCAGAGUACAUACAGCUCGCACGACGUUACUGUAGGCAAAAAUUAUAACAACGUAGUGAACCGUAAAAACAGAUUAGGAGAAAAUGCCCCCAAGGAACAGGGAACCAUAGCGGAGCGGCCCCAGACCGAUGAGGUAAAAGACGGAGAAACACAUCACAAUAACGACGUUAUGAUAAAAGAUCGGGGGGUAAAGGAAAAAUACAAAAAACUUAGAUUCGAAGAUGAUAUAUAUAAUGAAAAUGGGGAUGAAAAAACUGAGGCAAAAAAUGAACAAGGCCCAAAUCAGGAAGAAAUAAACAAAUUGGAAGAAAAAAGUGCCAUUAGUAAAGACAACAAAAAUGUAGAACACAGUAAUGGUAAUGACACCUCGGAAGAAAAAAACAAAACGGAAAAAAAUGCUAAGAAAAACACAACAUCAGAAAAUGAUGGCACAAGUACAUUCGAAUGUAACAUUUGUUUUGAUGAUGUGAGGGACCCAGUGGUAACAAAAUGUGGCCAUCUGUUCUGCUGGUUAUGUCUCUCCGCUUGGAUUAAAAAAAAUAAUGACUGCCCUGUCUGCAAAGCUGAAGUUUCAAGAGAAAAUGUAAUACCUCUGUACGGAAGGGGCAAAAAUAGCAGCGAACAUAAAUAUUCGAAUGUGGAAGAACCUAGACCCACACCGAAAAGGAAAGAAAGUGUUAGGAGAAAUAAUGGCUAUUCUAACAAUUUAGGGCUAAGGGCUUCCUUUGGCGUUUGGGUGAACCCUUUUUCCUUUGGAAUGUCCUACACCAACAUGUCAGAAGAGCCCUACUUUUAUGAAAGCGGUGGUGGUGACAACAGAACCCAGGCAGAAACGUAUCAAGCGGAAGCCGCAUCUUCCUUUUUCUUUUUCUUGGGUUUUUUUCUGUCCCUCUAUAUUUUGUUCUACUCUUCCUAG